AUGGCCGCCAUCCCAAUCGCCAGUCGAUCAAUUUCCACCCCCCUCUUCUCCCUUCGCUCCUUCCUCCCAAUUGCCCGACCGUCCUGGUCAACUCCCUGCGAAGCUUCAUCUAGUGCCGCCCCCUCUAGAGUGUCAUCCAGCCUCACUCUCGUAAACCCCCCUCUGUCCACGCCUUCUUGGACCUCGCUGUUCCCCUCCUUUUCCCUCGGUUCCCUGCUCGAGCUCAUCCCUCCAAUCGUGUGGGCAAGUGUCCCGAAGAAGAAGACUUCUCACGGAAAGAAAAGCGCGAGAUCUGCCAACAAGGGGUUGAAGAACAGGACGAACAUCUCUCAGUGCCCGGCGUGUGGCUCUGUCAAGUUGACACAUCACGUUUGUCCCACCUGUUAUUCUCAGAUAUCCCGAAAAUGGAAAGAAGAAGCUCGAAAGCAACUACAGCUAGGGGCUCAGUGA